UACUAAAGAGGAGGCGGAGGGAGAGAGAGAGUGAGAAAAGGGGGGUGGGGGGGGGAGUGCGGCUGCUGGUCGAGGUGGUAGCGAGGAAGCGAAUAUAAAUCUGUAUGUUCGCAGGAGUAAAGCUGGCGGUCUCCAGAGCGGCUUAAGCGACUAUGGCCAGGAGUGGUCGUAAACCAUCAAGCGGUGGUCUUUCCUGUUAACUAAAGGAUUUGUCCAAGUGAGGAAGUAGGUCCCGCGUGGAAGCCGCGAACACCGGUUGUCAAGCACAGUGGUUGGGCUGUUUGGAGGUGUUUGACUCCCACCCCCCCGCCCCACCACCCUUAUUUUCAUUUUCUGGACAAAACAAGAAGCCCGAAGACAGACCUAAGAGACGGGAGAAGGUGGUGGCGAGGGACUCGUGAGCCCUUUCUCUCCUUAUUACCUCCAUUCACAAAACCAUUGCAUUCCAUCAUCACAGGAAUGUAGAGGCAUUCCCGAUUGGAGGAGGAAGGGUCCCAUUGACUGCUGAGGCUUAGCACCUCUUUCCAACAGCUAGCCCUUUCCAUCCCCCCCCCCACCCACCCCACCAUCAUAUCUCUCUUUCUUUACCUUUGCAAUUUCCCCUGUUCCUCUCUUUCUCGUCUCGUGUCUUCUCUUUUACCCUUUUCACAAAGGGAGCGGGGAGACGUUGCGUUUGGGUUGAAGUGGGUGUUUCUGGGGCUGUCAUUGUGUUUGGUUCCCGGACAAAAGGCAGCUGGGAGCAGGGAGUGAAACACAGUUUUGCGUACAAUAAAAUCAGCAGCGAAAGACAAGGAACAGCUGACAAUCAGCGGAAGGUGAAUUGCGAUGAAACGAAAGAGUUAGAGAAACUGAGAGUCAUACUCAUGAAGCUGUUUCCGAGACCAUUAGUAUUGCCACUGGGGGGUAAAAAAGCAGCAGUGUGACUGACACUGCCUCGUGGAUCCCGCUGCCGCUGUUGCUAAGCAGUCUUUGAGCUGAAGUUGGUUUGUCAUCACUGCACAGCAAUGAAAGGAAGCUCAGAGGAAAGCAUUGAAAGCGCCAGGCCGUCCAACCUGCAAGCUUUUGCUAACAUAUCCACGCUACAUGGAAUGAGUCACAUAUUCUCUUAUGGGCACAUGACAUUCCGUCGGUUCCUCUGGACUCUUUCCUUCCUGGGUUCACUCUGCUUACUGCUGCUGGUGUGCAUGGAUCGAGUGUCCUACUACCUGGAGUACCCUCACGUUACCAAGCUGGACGAAGUUGCAGCCACAAACCUCACCUUUCCCGCCAUUACCUUCUGUAACCUCAACGAGUUCCGCUUUUCCAAAAUCACCCGCAAUGACCUCUAUCACGUGGGAGAGCUUCUGGCCCUCCUCAAUAACAACUACCAAAUAGCCAAUCCUCACCUGGCUGAGCCGGAGGUUCUGUCUGCCCUGAAGGAGAAAGCCAACUUCCAGAACUUCAAGCCCAAACUCUUCAACAUGACUGAUUUCUACAACCGCACAGGUCACGACAUCGGCGACAUGCUACUGCAGUGCACCUUUCGUGGGGAGGAUUGCUACUCGGUCAACUUCAGUACGAUCUACACACGCUACGGGAAAUGCUACACGUUCAACUCGGGGCAAGACGGCAACCCCCUGCUGACCACCUUGAAAGGAGGCACGGGGAACGGCUUGGAGAUCAUGCUGGACAUUCAGCAGGAUGAAUACCUUCCAGUCUGGGGGGAAACAGAUGAGACCUCCUACGAAGCGGGAAUCAAGGUUCAGAUCCACAGCCAGGACGAGCCGCCCUUCAUUGACCAGCUGGGAUUUGGCGUGGCCCCCGGUUUUCAAACUUUUGUGUCAUGUCAGCAGCAACUGCUUCAGUACCUCCCCCCACCCUGGGGAGACUGCAAGUCGACUCCCAUCGACUCCGAGUACUUCUCCACGUACAGCAUCACCGCCUGCCGCAUCGACUGCGAAACCCGCUACCUGCUGGAAAACUGCAACUGCAGAAUGGUCCACAUGCCGGGAACCUCCACAGUGUGCACACCCGAACAGUACAAGGACUGCGCUGAUCCGGCUUUAGACUUUUUGGUAGAGAAAGACAACGAUUACUGUGUGUGUCAGACCCCCUGCAACAUGACUCGCUAUGGCAAGGAGCUGUCCAUGGUUAAGAUCCCCAGUAAGGCGUCCGCUAAGUAUCUGGCUAAGAAAUUCAACAAAACCGAGCAGUAUAUCGGAGAAAACAUUUUGGUUUUGGACAUCUUCUUCGAAGCCCUGAACUACGAGAAGAUCGAGCAGAAGAAGGCCUACGAAAUUGCCGGGCUCCUCGGUGACAUCGGAGGGCAGAUGGGUCUGUUCAUAGGAGCCAGCGUGUUGACAAUACUGGAAAUAUUCGACUACUUAUAUGAGGUGUUCAAGGACAAAGUUUUGGGUUACUGCAUGCGCAAGAAGCGACCGCAGCGCUGUCAGAGCGACAACCUGGAGUUUCCAGAGAACCCAAGCAGGCCUGGUGUCACGCCUAAUCAUGCCCCCAGAGCACCUGCGACACGCUCCGGAGUCACUCGGACAGUCUCGGAUUCACGCCGAACAUGUUACCUCGUCACCCGACUCUAGGCAACUUUGAGGAAUUUGCUUGUUGACAACCUGAUGUUUUCUUUUUUUUCCUGGGGGGGCAAGGGGGGGCGGGACUUGACAGCAAACUGUGAAACAAUGGAUGUAUUUAUUCGAGGAAAAACAUACAAGGUUGAAGUGUACAGUUAGUUUAUCAAUGCCUCAAUAGAAAUAGAAUACUAUCAUUACUACAAAAAAAAGAAAACUUCCGAAACAGAACUCAGGUUUAAAUGCAUCAUAAUUUAUUCCCAUUUUUUUUCUUUUUUUUUUUUUCCAAAAUGUCACUUUUCAGUCGCAAUGUGUCCAAAAGGGAAGCGAAGUCGCGACGUGACCUGGAAGAAAAAAAACGCGUGACCUGCUCUGUGUUGCGUCUCCUGCAGAGCGGCCACAGCAGAAGGAGUUCGCUGAUCGUUGCCUUUGAGCCUUUUCAAACCAUUGCAUCAAAAAAAAAAAAAAAAAAAUUGAUCAUUCACUGUGUUGUACGCUAAUGUCUUAAGAGCUCAUCUUACAAUUUUUUUAUUAUUUUUUGGGGGGGAGGGAAUGUAGAAAAUUUUUUUUGCCUUUCUUAAUAUGUUAAUUGUGUCUUAGCUCAUCAGUACGAAGGAGUAUUAGGGCCAUGCUGAAACGACACUCAGCCACUUAUCCUCACAAGGGUCGCGGUAAUGAAUGCAGGAGCCCAUCCAAGUGAUCUUCGUGCACAAACAUCAUUUUACGGGAAUUAAAGUCAUGAUUUUAACAAAUUCGCAUAGAAAUGUAAACCAGUGUAACUGUCAGCCUCGAUAAAAUUAUUCCACUAAUAGAAUAAAUUUGUUUUAAAACACAUUUGCAUUUAAAUAUCAUAAUGUGUAUUUAUUUUUGUAAAAAAAUGAUCAAGGGUAAUUUAAAUUUUCAUUUUUUCCCAGCUGCAUUCUCUAAUUGCCGCUUUUUCUUUUCUUGUUGUUAUGACAUGAUUUCUAUAAAACUGCUUGUAAAUUGUAAGCACGGUGACCAGCUAUUUUCUGAGCCGCUUAUCCUCACAAGUGUCACGGGAGUGUCGGAGCCAAUCCCAGUUCCCAUCAGGCAGGAGGCAGGGUCCGCCCUCAACUGGUUAUUGUAGACCACCCAAAGAAAAGUCACCAUUUCAAGCAAAUUAUUGCCAUUUAUUUUAUGAUAAAAUUUGUUUUUGUUCAGUUCAGACAUGGAUCCUGUAAAUUUUUUAAAAAUUUAAAAAAAACUAUUAGGAAAUAAAAUUAUGACUACUGUUGGAAGACUAUAACUUGUAAAAAAAGAAAAACUUUUUUGUAAUAUUGAGAUAUUUGUCAUAAAAUUGCGACUUUCUGGCAAUAUUGCAACUUUAUGAUCUUAAAAGUACACAUUUCCGUAAUUAAUUUGUUUUGAUAAAUUUGUGACAUUCUUUGUGAACGUUGUUAUUUUUUGGAGGGCGGAGGGUUAACGACAUUUUUUUCGUAAAGUUGUGCGGGUAGCCAACUACAAAUACAAUUUGCAUAUAAUUAUCUCACUAUUACGAGUUUGUCAUCGUGGAAAGUUUUGUAGUAAUGUUUUUUUUUUUUUAAGCAAAUGAUGACUUUUCAUUCUCAGAAAUUACUUUUUGUCAUAAUCCAAGUGUACUGUUGGGUUAGGGCGACAAUUUUUCCACAUUAUACAGUAUACAUGUAUUUUAUACAAUAUUGUAUAGAACAGUUAAUUCCUGCAGAUUUAUGAGAACAAAAAAACGUGAGAUUCUGUGACUUUUUUUGCUCACAACGGUACAAAUGACAAGUGGAAUUCAUGUGAAAAUUGCAAACGCGACGUUUUCUUUCUUUAGUCGGGCGGUUAUGGUCGUGAUGGCGUUGGUGUUCUUCUCGGUGUGGCCCCGAUACUUCUUCGCACGUCUAAUCAGCACAAAGCCUCGUGAUAGUAAUCUAUUGUCUAUAGAAGCUACGGUUAAAAUGGUGAACUGAAGCGUGUAUAUAACCGCAGUCGAUUGCCAUGAAGAAAUUCUAUACUGUACGACUCAUUCAUAUCAUGUACAAAUACAGGUAUUUAUAGAUCUAGGCAGACUGUUUCUAUAUGUCUUCUCACCACAGGGACGUAGACCGUAAGUGUCUUGGUGAUUAGCAUCAACGUGACGCACACAUUCGCUUCCUCGACGACACAAACGCAUUGUACAAUUCCGCCGUUGUAUCCUGUUGUCAUUCUUAAAUAUUCCAAAAUGUAUAACGAGUCACAAAUGACAUUUUGUGAUGUAACGAUGAUCAAGUAUAAUAAAGCCGAUAUUUACCCAUCAUCCCCGCUUUGUGGUCGCUG